AUGUGCAGCGAAACCAAUUAUAAAAGGAAGCGUGACCGUUGGCCCAAAAACCGAUCGUCGGAGACCAACUUUGUUAACGAAACCACCUCCUCGUCCACCACCACCUCCGUCGAUGUCGUCUUUUCCGUCAACAAUGUUGAGCUCAUUGACCCCGCUUCUCCUCCUUCGUCCGCACACCAUCGACGCCGCGGCCGCCAUCGCAAGAUCCCCAAAAUAGACAACUCCAUCAUGAAAACCUUACCUGUUCCAGCUCUUCCUAUUGCUAAUGGAUGUGUUGUCGCUGUGCUGAUUAGUGUGGAGAGCGUAGUCUCGAGGGUGGUUAUGGACGCGGUGGUGAAAGUGUUCUGCGUCAAACGGAGCCGAAUUUUUCUUUGUCGUGGUAGAGGAAAAGGCAGUAUAGCUCGAGUAGAAGUUGGUUUGUUAUUAAAGGUCGGAGGGUUUUGA